AUGGCUGAAGAAAUGGAGGAGUCUGAUGGCGGGUACUUCCAUAUCAGCGACCGGCCCAAGUCUCCCAGCUCAAUACACAGCAACGACUCUAUGUCAAUACACUCGUCUACCCCGUCCGCCAUGGUGGCUUCCUUGACCGCACUGCAGUACCUCCCGGUACCUCUCCUGGUGUUAUCUUCGCAGAAGACUGUUGUAAUUGCAAACGAGGCCAUGGGACGUUUACUUGGAAUCGAUUUCGAGAGUACUGCUUACCAUGAUUUCUCCAUAUCAGAGGUACUGCAAGAUAAGACUAUGGGAGACCUUGGUAUCGAUAUACUACAGAAUGGCUCUCCGCUGUUAGUUUCAUGGGAGGAUUUCCUCGAUUGUAUAUGCGAUGACGCCCAAGCAAAAAUCCCUGACGUAGAUGAUGAUCAGCUGGAGAGUGGGAACACUACACCCACUGCGCACCCAACGAAAGACAGGACAGCCUCGCCCACGAACCCUCCGUUACCCCAAUUAAGCACAACCAAUCUGGCGCGAACCACGGUACACGACGUCUCAGUAGAGGUAGUCGUGGCACCAUUAUCGCGAGGCCCCGGCGGCACAGUAUCGAAACUGGACAGGAACCAGUCUCAUCAUAGUGCCUUUCAAGCCACUUGCAUCAUCUCGAUCUGGAACAUAGAAGAUAUUCAAUACUUCACAUUGACCUUCACCAGCGCUACAUCUACACAAACCGCACAAAGUGCGCGCCCAUCGAGCCGAGUAGUAAAUCGCUCACACACAGGGCCGCACCUCAAGAAGUCGCGUAGUUCAGGGUCGAACUCAUCUUCUGGUCGUCAGUCAGGGAGCAGUUCAACAAGUACCUCGAAAGUUGUUACGCCUAUAAUGCAACAUCCAAUCUUCCCACCCCGCGGUCCUCCCCUGCAGGGCGGCAUGUUGGACACGUCUCAAACUUCGAUCUUUCAGAAAGCCACUCAGCUUAAGGAUGCGAUCCUUAACUCAAUAAACAUGCCUGCUUACGCUAUGUGGAAGGACGAGGGGUUCGGUAUCCCAAACAAUGCGCUUCUGCGACUUCUACCUAAGGAUGCGUCCUAUAUCCCUGGCGACCAGCGUGCAUUCCUUGCUCUUUUCGAAGUCUGGACCGAAGAUUUCCAGCGCGUACUUGAAAUUGAUGAAUUUCCCAUUGUGCAAGUAUGCAGAACACAGCAGAGUCUGAAGAAGAUGCGACUUGGUAUGCGACAACCAGGCACCGGCAGAGGCAUCGUAUUCGAAGUCAACGGGGAACCAGUUUUGCAUCCAGAAACCGGCGAUUUCCUGGGCGCCAUUGUAGUCUUCAAGGACGUCACAGAGUACACCAAAGCGAUAGCGGCGCAAGUGGAAGAGAAUGAGAAGCAAUUCGAGUACAUUGCCAAUUUCAUGCCAGUCAUGGUCUGGACGACAACCCCCGACGGCCUCCAUGAUUGGUUCUCGCAACGUUGGUACGACUACACGGGUCUUACCGAAGCCCAAAGCUUAGGCGAGGGCUGGAGACUUCCGUUUCACCCUGAUGAUAUGGCCACAGCCAAGUACACGUGGUUCCAUUGUCUUGCUACCGGUGACGAGUACAACACAGAAUACCGAUGUCAAAGAUACGAUGGAGAGUGGCGCUGGAUGCUCGGGCGAGCUAUACCCUUUCUUGAUGAUUCUGGCAAGAUUAUCAAGUGGUUCGGCACCUGUACUGACAUUCACGACCUCGUCAUGGCACGCCAGGAAGCAAGACAAACGCGCGAACAGCUCCAGAAGGUCAUUGAACAUGCCAAGAUCAUGCUGUGGGCUGUUGAUCGACAAAACAAGGUGGUUCUGCUCGAAGGCGAAAGAGACCCAGACGAGGCUAGGAAAGACAUCCUUGGCAGAGAUUUGUUUGACCAGUUCGGCAUGAAUGCUCUCGAUAGAGAGCGCUGGAGACAACCAAUACAAGAAAUCCUCAACGGAAAAGCCCAAGACGAGAUGGUCGAACGCUACAUAUCCUCAGACCGCUAUUUUCGAACACGGCUUGCACCUCGUUGGAGCUCUACAAGAGCAGGUGGUGUAGAAGGGGAGGCGUUCAUUGAUGGCGUUAUCGGUGUAUCAAUGGAUAUUACUGAGCUGCGAGAACGAGAAGACCAGCUGAAAGAGCAGGAGAAAGAAAACACUAGACUCUUAGCUAAUGCUGCAGCCGCCAGCGAGGCGAGCAGGAUGAAGAGCCAGUUCCUUGCCAAUAUGUCGCACGAGAUUCGGACACCGAUUGCUGGCGUCAUCGGUAUGAGCGAGCUGCUUUUCGACAUGAACUUGAAUGAAGAGCAAAAGGAGUGUGCAGAGAACAUUUACCGAUCAGCUAACAGUCUCCUGACUGUGAUCAACGACAUCCUUGAUUUCUCCAAGGUUGAAAGCGGGCGACUUGAUGUCGAGGAGGUACAGUUCAGUCUCAGUGUGGUCCUUCGAGACGUGAACAAGAUGAUGUCCUUUGCGGCACAACGAAAGGGAUUGGCAUAUCACAGCUUCAUUGAGCCAGAAGUGGAGCAGGACCUGAGGGUUAUAGGUGAUCCUGGCCGACUUCGUCAAAUCUUGACAAAUGUUCUAACGAACAGCAUCAAGUUUACGUCUGACGGAUCAGUGAAGCUGAACGUUGCGAUCACCCAAAAAUCGAAAGACAUGGCCACGGUGAACUUUGUUGUACAAGACACGGGGAUUGGCAUCGAAGAAGAAGUUCGGAAGCAUUUGUUCCAGCCUUUUAGCCAGGCGGAUUCCUCUACGGCUCGCCGGUUUGGUGGAACCGGUCUGGGUUUAACCAUCAGCAAGAACCUCGUGGAGCUUAUGAAAGGCCAAAUUUGGUUGGAUUCGAAGCUAGGUCAGGGUACUACAGCAACGUUCUGGAUCCCAUUCGCGAGAGCAUCCUACUCCAACGAUGGCUCGCCGUUGGUUGAUCUUGCGUCGAUCCCUGACAGACUUCAAAGUGAUGUGUCGGUAUCUGUUGGAAGCUCUGAAGAUCACACCCCGCCGUUGACGCCUAGGCAUUCGGCCAGUGGGCACUCAAGACUGCAAUCGUUCCCGCUGGGAGGGAAGCUGCCGGAACCUCUUACCAGUAUACCGGAAUCCGAGAGGAAGAAUACCCACGUUCUGGUUGUGGAGGAUAAUCAUAUCAACCAGCAGAUUGCCCUGAAGACGAUCAGGAAGUUGAACUUUUCGGUGGAUGCUGUUUGGAAUGGCCAAGAGGUCUUGGACUAUUUGGCAGAGGAGUUUACUCCAUCUCAUCCACGCCCUGAUAUCAUCUUGAUGGACGUUCAAAUGCCCAUUCGAGAUGGCUACUCCGCCACACAUGCUAUCCGGACCGAAGCUCCUUGGAAGGACAAACCUGAGGUUCAGGGCGUUCCAAUUGUCGCCAUGACAGCCAGCGCCAUCCAAGGUGACAAGGAAAAGUGCACACUGGCUGGUAUGGACGACUACUUAGCCAAACCAGUCAAAGGCAAGCUGCUGGAAAAGAUGCUUGUCAAGUGGGCGAUUGAGGGACGGCGAAAGACGGCCAGUGCAAAGCCAUCCGUAAACGUACCUGAUCGACAUGGGAAUUCGUCCACUCCGCCCCACACGACCAUGGAAAACGUUAGCGCAAAAGAUCGUUCGCAAAUCGCAAGCCAACCGGACCAACCUGAAACAACGGCCUCAGCACUGACCGCUCAAUUAGACCGCCUGCAUUAUCAAAGCGAUGCAGCGUUCGCAAGGACAUCGGAGAAUGAAGCGGACAGGGCCCUGCGGCGUAUUCAAGCUGAGGAGAGAGAUACGAAGCUGCGGGACGACAAAUUGCUAUCACUCACGGGACCUCAGCUUCACCGCCACGGUACCGCUCAGGGGCGGGAGAAGGAGCCUACUAUGCCGCUUACAGAGGAGAACAUGGAAAGAUUCACCCAUGCCCAGGAUGGGGAUACCAUCUCUCAUAGGCCGACAGAGUCUCCAGAGGCUGGAUCAGACGUUGUCAACCAGCCGCAAAGCCGGACAUAG